AUGUCGGACAACGCCAUGAUGGAAGCUGGAGAUAUUCUGUUCAAUGGUCCCAUAUCCUUUAGCAUUGGCAGGGGCCACACUCCAACAUCCCUGCAACAACCUGGAGGUGUAUACCUUCCCUCCGUUUUGUUUGAUCCAUCAGUUCUGAACAGGCUAAUGAGUUCACAGGGUCUCAGGAUGACUUUGGUAGCCCCUCUGGGGCCUCAGGCAGAGUGGUUCCCAGAUCUGCUAAACAAGAAACGUUUGUCCGUUUCUGUUAUUAGAAGCUACAGGGCGGCCCUGAGUUUGGUGUUAUGGGAACUGUCCUUGCUAGUUAAGGGGUUUGAACAGUCAAGUUCUCCUAGAGAGCUCAAGCCUCAGACGUGGGAUGUUUCCUUGGUUCUCAAGAGCUUCACUAAGAGUCCAUAUGAGCCCUUGCAUUGCUCAUCUGACUGGAACUUGAUGCUUAAGGCAAUUUUCUUUCUGGCCUUGGCAUCUUCCAAGAGGGUAGGAGAGCUCCACGAUCUGAGCUAUGAGGUGAAGCACACCAGGGGUUGGGGGUCGUUGUCCUUCGAAUUUGUCCUAGAAUUCGUGGCCAAGACCCAAAGCACCUCUGCGCACGAUGACAGGUUCAUUUCGUUUUCCAUUCCAUCACUGAAUGACUUGUGGGUGGUGAUGCUCAAGAGCGUUAGAGCACAUGACGUUAAGGGUAUUGGUCCCUCUCUGGCUUUCAAAAAGAACUUGGCUGUUCAUAGAGGGCUGAGUGCUGGUACUUGGUUAUGUCAGUCCACGUUCGCCUCUUUCUAUCUUAAGGAUGUUUCCCACAGAUCUGCGGACACGUUUUUCCUGGGAAAAGUGUGGAUAUAUCUUCUUGCUUGCAUUGUGGGAUGGGGCUUGAGCUUGUGGUUAUUUCAGAAAGCUAGAUCUCAAUUUUCUGGGAAGCCUGCUGUGACGCUGAAUUGGGCUACCUUCUUUAGCUGGGCUGUGAUUCUGCAAGUCCCUCUCUCACGACAACCAGCAGACUUCAUUAGCCAGACUUUAAUAGGCUGGUGGUUAUUGGUUAGCUUUGUUAUUGCAACAGCCUACAGAUCUUCACUUAUUGCCCAUCUAGCUGUUCAAAGUAAAACGACACCAAUUGACAGCUUCGAAGAUAUGAUAAGACAGACAGACUGGAAGUGGGGAGCAGAGGCAAAGAUGUUCACUGGUGCUGUUGUAGCCUAUUUUCAAACUACCACAGAUCCAAUUGCCGCAAAAGUCCAUAAACAUCUGCAGAAGUUAAGCGAAGAAGAUGCUUUACAAAAAGUACUGAGAGGUGGCUUUUCCUAUAUGCACUGGUAUAAUCAUAUUAGCUCUGUUAUCCAGUCAUAUACAGAUCACCUGGGAGUAUCCCCUUUUUAUAUUGGACAGAAGGGAACAACAAUACUCACUGAUUUUGGAUGGGGAUUCAGGAAAGGGGCUCCGUACAAAGAUCGUUUCAACCUGAUGACCAAUAGACUGAUAGAGGCUGGAAUCAUUUCUCAUUGGACCAGUGACAUUAUGGCUUCACGAGUGAAGGAAAAUGGAAAACUGAGAGACAAAAAUCAAGCUCAUAAUACCAUUAUGUAUCAUGAGAACAUCCAAAUAAUUCUUCAUCUGAGCCACUUAACGGGUGUGUUUUUAUUGUUGCUGCUUGGUUACGCACUGGCAUGUUUAAUUCUAUUGAGUGAAGUCAUGAUUGUCAAAUGGCAGAAAAAGAAGACUACAUUAUUCUUCAUGGCACAAAGUGAUGAAGGACCCUGAAUACAUAAAUGGUCUCACAAGAGAGCAUAAUUAGCAAACUCUUCAAAGAUGAAAAAGUUAAGCUUUAACAGAGGAUAGAGUAUCUAAUAUCACACAUGAAAAGUAAUUUACACUGCUUUAUAGGAAAUUAAAUAUAUGUAAUAUCAGAUUAUGGUUCAAAUUUAUAUUGUACAGAAUUGUAAAGUAUUUGUUAUCCUCAGUUAAAAGAAUGUACAAUCACCAGAAAAAUGUCUCCUCUUCCAGAUUUUUUGUUACUUAGUGACAGUACCAUCAUUUUUGUUGUCUUUUCUCAAAUUAUUAACAAAAGUUGUAUAGUAAAUAAAGAUUUAAUUGUAUGGAAGUUACACCUCAUAUAAUUUUGUAGGAAAUUCUGGCUUUGCUGUGAACAACAGAAUUAAAGUUAAGUUUAGUUACUUGAUGUUAGCAAGUCUCAGCAUUUAUUUUUUUAUCCACUGUAAAACAGACAAGCUUAUGAUGCAAUUUCUAAAUAUACAUAUACUUUUAGUUCAUAAUAGUAAGAAGUUGAAGAAAAUAAGCAAGUAACAGGUGAGACUUGGGAUACAAUAAGGGGCAAAAGGUAUCUGUAGAUGAAAUCUCACAAAGGAGAUGGAGAAUUGAUAGCAGAACAUAGUAAGCAUUAAAGAAGAGAUAAGAGAAUGUGUGGAUGAUGCUGACACAGCAGUUACUCA